CACACAAACGUGAUAUGCGUAUAACGUGAAAACAUGCAUACAUACAGGCACUUCAAAUUUGGGUUUCACGAGUCACUUAAAACAUCGAUAAGAUUUACAUUGAACGCCCUCGAAGGAAGCAACCAAAACGUGAUGUAAUUUUAUUGAUCUGUUGUGAUAGUCUAAUUUGUACAGGUAAAUGUAAUCAAUAUGAUAUUUUCCCAAUUAGAUGGGUAUUACAAGUAUACCUUAAACCCAUCAUAGUAAUUACCUGGCUGUAUUCGAUAUACAAUUAGCAGACUCCCGACGUAUCAGAGUUGAUCCCAUCAUCAACUUACCUGUAAUGCAGUAGGCAUCGUCGUCAAACCCAGCACUAAAACCUGCACGUGCUUCACUCUGAUAAGGAAGAGACGCCUUGGAGACAACCUUAUGAUAAUGCUCACAUAAUAAUACAUAAGAUAAGAAAGGUAACAUCUUAAAUAUGUAAAAAUUAUCACGUUUAGUCCCAAAAUGCCUACGGCAGACAGGUCCGCGAAAGAGAUCGAUUUAUCUGACGGGAUUACAGAUAAAUAUUAUUUUCUGCAAUACUGCUCGAGAUAAGAUUGAAGCGGGAGUUUGAUUACUGUUACUAAACAUACGUAAAGAUAGCCAAAAAUAUUAGGAACUGACAUUUGUUCGAAGUCAAUGACACACGCGUUUGGAAACAACUGUAUUGUGAGAGUUUCUUAAAACCUGUUCCAUGGGUUCCGUAUCUGAGUAAUUGGCCGCUAAACUAUUAUUAAGUGAUAUGCAGAGUGAAAGUGUUCAAUAAAUACAAAGAGAUAAUUAUGUCGAUAUGAUAGAAAUAGUUGUUGAGAAAACAAUGCACUGAUUUCCGCGCGUUAUGCGUCCGUACAAGUGCUGACUUCAGACUAGCUUCAGACCUAGGGUGUAAAGAACAAGACUUACACUUGAGUACCUAACAAUCGCGUUAGAGGCGGAUCACUAAAACUGCAUAUCGCAAAUAAAACAGUUUAAAAUAUACGACACAAUAAACAUUAUCAACAGCUGUCGUAUUUGUGAGAUUAUUGUUCAGUAGUGAGCGCGAUGUCGGCGAGCGGACAGAAGGACGGCGUCGACCUGGACACCAUCCUGGUGGAGGAGAUCGGCCAGUUCGGUAGGUUCCAGCUGCGGACGCUACUCCUCACGCUCAUCGUGGUCAUCUUCGCAGCCUUCCAUGCGGAAUAUGUGUUCACUACUGCCAGAAUCGAAACAAGAUGUGUGAUCCCGGAGUGCGAUGGCGAUCCGCCGGAGUUCUCCCCCUCCUGGCUGGGCAACGCUGUUCCCGUGGUCCAGGACUCGUUUGACAACUGCCAACGCUUCGGCAACGUGUCAGCCACACGUCAGCUCGACGCCUGUCCCGCUGAGCUCUUCGACAGGCACACGCUGCUGCCGUGCGAGGAGUAUGUCUAUGAGAACCAGCUCACUGUCGUCUAUGACUAUAACUUAGGAUGUGACGAGUGGCGCCGCACGCUGAUCGGCUUCGUGCGUACGUUUGGCACGCUGACGGCGCUGCCCAUCACUGGCUACGUGUCAGACCGCUGGGGGCGGCGCGUGGCGCUCACCAUCAACGCCUUCAACACCGGCUGGAUCGGCCUCACGCGCUACUGGGCCAACUCAUACAUGGGCUUCAUGAUCUCACAGUUUGUUGAAGCUACCUUUGGUGCUGGAGUCUUCUCCUGUAUUUAUAUCUUAGUUUUGGAGUUGGUGGGUCCCAAAUAUCGAGUCAUCGCCGGCGCAACAUUAAACACAUUCUUUGCAGUAGGCCAGGUUAUAAUGGGGCUAAUAGCAUGGUGUGUGCCCGCUUGGAGAUCUCUGACUCUAGCUCUGUACAUACCACAGCUGUUUACAAUCGCUUACUUCUGGAUCGUGCCCGAGUCUGUGCGAUGGUACAUGAGCAAAGGUCGGUACGAACAAUCGGAGACUUUGCUCAAAGAAGCUGCCAGAGUGAAUAGGAAGCAGUUAUCAGAGAAGUCUUUAGAUGCAUUGAGAAGAACGGCAGAGAUGGAGAAACAACGCAAGGCGCUGGAGAAAGAGCAGAACAUCAACGAGCCCUGGCUGAUCGUGAAGGUGUUCCAGCACAAGCGGGUGCUGUUCCGCUGCCUGGUCUCCCCGCUGUGGUGGAUCAGCAUGACCCUCAUCUACUACGGGCUGUCCAUCAAUGCGGUCAAUAUGUCAGGCAAUCCGUAUGUCAACUAUGCGGCGGUAUCUGCAGCUGAGAUUCCAGGAUUCUGGAUAGCAGUGCUGCUGCUUCCAAGGAUAGGAAGAAAACCGGUACUAUUAUCCGGGUUUUGGUUAUGUGCUGCGUGUCAAGUAGCUUAUAUACUCAUGCCUGACGACAUGUUCGGGCUAUCUCUAGCGGUGUACCUGAUCGGCAAGAGCAGCAUAUCAGCCGUGGUGACGUCACUGUACAUGUACACUGCCGAGCUGUACCCGACGCAGUGCCGGCACAACCUGUUCGCCUACUCCUCCAUGGUCGGCAGGAUCGGCUCCAUCACCGCUCCCCUCACUCCUGCCAUCGGUGCUGCAACAUUCGACGAUCUCCCGUUCAUAAUGUUCGCGGUGCUGGCGUUCACGUCGGGCUGCCUGGUGCUGCUGACGCCGGAGACGCUGGGCACCAAGCUGCCCGACACCCUGGAGCAGGCCAACAACCUGGGCACGAACAAACAGGAGGAGUAUACGUAGCGACGGAGGAACAGUCCGCGUUUGUGUGAAAAGUUAUCGACAGUUUAUGAAUGGAUUGUUUCAAAUGAUUGUAUUUAUGUGAUUUAAAGUUUUAACAUAA